AUUAAAGCACUCAGAACAGUAAGAUCAUUACCACCACCACCUUAUCUCCCUGUCUUCCAUCAGCCCUUCAACUCGGCGGCUCGUUUUUUGCCCUAUUAGGGUUUACGAUUUCGUGAGCGCGGCGGGAGCUGUGAUGCAAUCGGCUGCUCGCUUUAAUUUUCUUUCCGUUUUGUUGGUCGUGAUUUGCUUGCUUCUUCAGGCAUCUUUUCAGGGUGCGUCGGGGUUAUUGAUCUUGUUUAGUCAGCACCCAUGGCGGCGCUUCUCAACUUUCCCGGUGAUGAUGAAAUCCGGCUCAGGGGAAUGUUUUGCUCACAUUUCAUGGACUCAAGUCUCUUCUUGUCACUUGCACCAACCGUGGAUGUCUGUUAUUCUUCUUGGAAGAGGUCCCGGGUCACUGCACCUUCCAUCAUUGGGGAAGAAUUGAUGAAGACUGCUCCUCUAUUAAAAAAGCAGCUGACCUGCUGUUCCAUUGAUGCUCUCCCCGACGAAUGUCUUUUUGAGAUCCUCAGAAGGCUUCCAAGAAGCCAGGAGAGGAGCAUUGCUGCAUGUGUAUCCAAACGAUGGCUCAUGCUACUGAGCAACAUCCAACCUUCCGAAGACAUGGAUGUGGUGCAAAAGGGAGAAAAUUUAUUGAGAUCUUCUAGAAAACCUCUUCCCGAUCUUAAUUAUCCCGAGCCUUUGGUAUCAGAGCUGAACUCUAGCAUUGAGAGUGGUGGGUAUAUAACUAGAUGCUUGGAAGCAGAGGAAGCAACUGAUGUUAGACUAGCUGCAAUUGCAGUCAGUAAUUCUAGUCGUGGUGGGAUUGGCAAACUGAAGAUUAGAGGAGGCAAUUCAACUUGCAAGGUUACUGAUGCUGGGCUCUCUGCCAUUGGACGCGGUUGCCCUUUACUCCGUGUUUUAUCAAUCUGGAAGGUUCCAUUGAUCACUGAUGCAGGGCUUGCGGCUAUAGCUGAUGGAUGCCCCUUGCUGGAGAACCUUGAUCUUUGCCAAUGUCCCUUGAUCUCUGACAAGGGAUUGAUUGCUAUUGCGCAAAAGUGUCCGAAUUUGACCUCUCUGACAAUAGAUUCCUGCUCAAGCAUCUGCAAUGAUGGUCUCCAAGCUCUUGGCCAUGGUUGCUCGAAGCUAAUUUCUAUUUCAAUCAAAGACUGCCCACUUGUGGGUGACAAAGGAGUUUCUAGCUUGGUUGCUCAUGCGUCUUCGUCCAUAAUGAAGAUAAAGCUUCAGAAUGUGAAUAUUAGUGAUGUUACACUUGCUGUCAUUGGGCAUUAUGGAAAGGCUGUCACCAACAUAUCUCUUAAUGCUCUGCAGAAUGUAAGUGAGAGGGGCUUCUGGGUUAUGGGGAAUGCCCUUAACUUGGUGAACUUGACAUCUUGCACAAUCUCCUGUUGCCCUGGUGCUACAGAUCGGGGUUUAGAAGCUAUUGCCAAGGGUUGCCCACGUCUAAAGAUGAUGUGCAUCAAGAGGUCCCCGAACCUUUCUGAUGCUGGGCUUAAAUCGUUCACUGGCCCUGCAAAAAUGCUUGAGAGACUGCAACUAGAGGAAUGUAAUGGGAUUACACUCGUAGGUGUUUUUGAAAGCCUUCUGAACUGUUGUUCUAGGUUCAGGGGUCUGGCGUUAGUAAAGUGCUUGGGAAUCAAAGACAUUUCUUGCCAUCUGGAGGAGCUUCCGACAUGCAUGUCACUAAAGUACUUGACAAUUCGUGAUUGUCCUGGUUUUACCAGCUGUAGCUUGUCCAUGGUUGGCAAGCUCUGCCCCAGCUUGCAACAAAUUGACUUGACCAGGCUUGUUGGUGUGACAGAUGCUGGGAUUCUUCCGCUAUUAGAGUGCUCUCAGUCUGAACUCGUUAAGGUGAACCUUGAAGGGUGUGUGAGUUUAUCUGAUGCAAGUAUUUCUUCUCUGGUUAAGGCACAUGGAAGUUCCCUGAAGUUUCUUAGUCUUAAGGGGUGUAAGGGGAUCACUGAUAGAAGCCUCCUUUCUAUCUCAGCAAAUUGCUCAGUGCUGAAGGACCUUGAUGUUUCCUGUUGCAGCAUCAGUGACUUCGGAGUUGCAGCAAUUGCAUCUGCCAAGCAGCUAAACCUCCGGACCCUUUCUCUUGCUGGUUGCGCUGAAGUUACAAAGAAGAGCCUCUCAUUCUUGGAAAAAAUGAAAGAAUCCUUGGAGGGGUUGAAUCUUCAACAGUGCAAGCUGAUCAAUACCCAUGUGGUUGGAUCUUUUGAGGAGAAGCUUUGGUGGUGUGACAUCCUCUCCUAGUUCUGAAUGAAAGGAGAACGGAAGGUUGGAAGACUAGAAUCAAAUCAUGAUUUGUGUGUUCUUAUUAAGUUCCCAACAAAAAAAAAAAAGGGGGUUGGUAGUAUAAGCAGUCCGCUAGGUUGUUUUUGGCUCAUCGCAGUUAUCCGUGAGCUUCUAUAUUUUCACAGUACUUUUCUGCCAGGAUGAGGUGAGUUUUCCGGGGAUUGUUGCCAUUCUCUCUUAUUUUCGCAGAAUCUCUUCGCAAGGGAGAGAUCUGUUUCUGAGGGGUUUGGCUGACAUCAAUUGGUGUGUUUUCCCUUGCUCAUCUUUGGUUCCUGAGAUAGCAGUUAUAGUUAUUCCUUGUCCUGGUUCAUAGUGGCUUUUCAGUACUCUCAUGUUUAGCAUAUUUAUAUACUCAUGUGUCAUUUCUAGUGGGGUUUUUUAUAUAGGGUUCUGGUGUUUAGCCAUGCUCCUCAUAUUUGACCAUGCUGGUUGGUCGUGUUCUGAGUCAGUUUUUCUAAUAUUAUUCCAGUUGUUAGGUGCAAUGCCAUGCUUAGUUCUAUGUUGGUUUUGUAUGGCUUGAUUGGUUGUCUUGUUUGAUCGCAUGUGCGCAGCUCCGUUUGGAAGCCUGAGUUUUGUUGGGGGGGCUUGGUAAUGGCAGCUGAUUUUUUAGCUCGCCUUGACAACUCUCAUUGGGAUGUUUUUUUAGCCGAGCUCCCCUUUUUUUACAGGCUUCUAGCCAAGGACUGUGCCCCUGUUAAGAUGCUGUCUUCCUGUAAACUUGGUCAUGAAUAAAGAUAUUGUCAUCCUGUGAUUUCUACA